CACGGCGCAGGCGCAGGCGCAGGAUACGCGGGUAACACGCUGGGCGGAGGGUCGCUCCCUGUGGCUCUGCGCGCGGGUCGGGACAGGGGGACCGGGUUACUGAAGCAAAGGGCGUCAUGUCAGACAACGAGGACAAUUUCGAUGGUGAUGACUUUGAUGAUGUGGAGGAGGAUGAAGGGCUAGAUGACUUGGAGAAUGCUGAGGAGGAGGGCCAGGAGAACGUUGAGAUCCUUCCUUCUGGGGAGCGACCGCAGGCCAACCAGAAGCGAAUCACCACCCCAUACAUGACCAAGUAUGAGCGAGCCCGAGUGCUGGGCACCCGAGCUCUUCAGAUUGCGAUGUGUGCCCCCGUGAUGGUGGAGCUGGAGGGGGAGACAGACCCCUUGCUCAUCGCCAUGAAGGAGCUCAAGGCCCGAAAGAUCCCCAUCAUCAUUCGCCGCUACCUGCCCGAUGGGAGCUAUGAAGACUGGGGGGUGGACGAGCUCAUCAUCACCGACUGAGCUGGAGCCUCCUGACCUGGCCACACCCCGUCUCUGUGCCCAUUUUACACGUGUAAAUAAUAAACUGUUCCACCUCCCGCCCCGCUCCUCUA